AUGGCGACCUCACCCCCCGAUGCCCCGAGUCGCAGCGCUGCCUCCUCUGCCUACGCCAGCCGAGACUCUUCCUCGCAUACCCGAGACCGCCAUGACGCAACCCAAGCGGUGUCCAUUCCAGUCGAGACUCUCGUGGAACACCUACUUGCCGCCAAGCGCUCACUUUCUUCCAUGCAACAUGUGCUGCGUGCCAAUGACCUAGCCACUGAUGCACGCCGGUCCCAUGAGGAAGCAGCCAUUAUGUGUGCACAGAAUCGCUUUCUACAGAGGGCCAUCGCGAACCAGACAACCCUGUUGUUGCGCGUCCGCCGCAGCCUCAAACGGACCUACGAUGCCGGAAAGCGCGACUUCACCAACCUCGUUCGUACCAUGGAUGCUACCAAUGAGAAGCUGCAGGAGACCAUGAGGAUGCUGAGAAACACGCCUGUUGAGGCUGACUUUCGUCCGCCUGGCGAGAAAUCUCGAAACCUGAUGGACUUUGUGGAUGAGCAAAGCGUUCAUGGCAUGGUCGACGCACUGAAGAAGUGCCUUGGAGAGCUGCAGGCUAUUCAGACAUCCUACGAUGGCGAUCUGCUGCGUUUCGACAACGACCUCCGCGCCCUGAAGAAAUCCAUGGGUGUUUCCCUAGCGCCUCUGAGUGCCUCCCCUUCUGCGUCGACAGCCUAUGAACCGAUACCGGAGCUCCUCCUGUCGCUCGUCGAACACUCCCACGGCAUGGCACAAAUCCUGACGUCACUGACACAACAUUUUGACCUGUGCGUGACGGCUGUGCGAACGACUGAGGGUGGAGCCGACCUCGCCAGGCGACGCGCAGCCGAAGUUACGCAAUCGCAAGGCGGCGAUUUGUCGAUGACGCAGCGCAGGGUCGAGACGGCAGUGCAGGAGAUCAACGAUGGACUUCGUGCCGUCAUGAGUGAUUCAACGGCUUUGACACAGCAGACGGAGCAUAUCAAAUCGUCCUACGUAGCCACGGCGACCGCGUUGCGGGCGUUGGAGGAGAUCGGCGGACGGCUCGCAGGCUAUCUUGCAGCGGAGGCAGAAUUUUUGCAGCGAUGGGAGGAUGAGCGAUACACCAUUUAUGGCAAGCUCAGCGAGAUGGAUGAUUUGCGAGAAUUCUAUGAGCGAUAUGCUGGGGCGUAUGAUAACCUUCUCCUCGAGGUCGAACGACGACGAAUGGUGGAGGACAAGAUCCAGAGCAUCUGGCGCAAGGCUCGAGAAAACGUCGACAAGCUUGUAGAGAGUGAUAGGCAGCAUAGGGAAGGGUUUCGCCAUGAUGUGGGCGAAUUCAUACCGACAGACUUGUGGCCAGGGAUGGACAGGAGCAUGAUUCGAUGGGAGCUCGUCCCGUCAAGGAUGGAGGACGCUGUUGACGGUGACAAACACUCCGGCACACCAGUGCUUGAUCAGCAGAUCGUCGAUGCUGCACGGGAAAGGGUGGAGCGAAGUCAGCCAUAGUGAUGCCUGAUACGGUUAACGAUGAUUUCCUUGGGUGGAUUCAGGCGUUCGGUCCUAGGCGGGAUGGCAGGGUGUCGACUAAGGCCCAAGUUGUACUUCUGGGAAUGGAGAGGAUUGGCGUUUCUUGUCUGUUACGUUAAGAUGUUGGAUCAAUUUCUCGCUUCUCCGACACUUGUCUUAUCUUGUUCUCGGAUACUUUUCA